GUGUGUUCAGAAGAGGCAGUGAGUGAGAGACCCUUACGACAAGAGAGAGAGAGGGGAGGGGGACACAACAAAGAAAGGAGCUUCCUCUUUGGAUCCCAGUCAGAGUUUUGUCUUUUUGUCUGCAGCAGUGUAUGCUACAAUCUCGUCUUUAUGAGCAGCAGCAGUGUGUUUGCUUAGUGCUGUGGUGUUACUGGACCACCCCACCCAACACACACCCCCCCCACUCCAUCAGGACCUGCAUGCGUCGCAGGGAGCGGGGGACAGCUCAAUGGACAUGGACCGGCUGAACAGCAACAUGCCCGAGUGUGGACGGAAAACACACCAGGUGCUACAGAGCACUCCUCUGGACCUAUUUGAGACGGGAAAGGGUCUGAAGUUCCAGGCAGAGCGCCCCCACCUGGUGAGCCUGGGCAGCGGACGACUGAGCACUGCCAUCACUCUGCUGCCCCUUCCCGAGGGACGGACUACAAUGGGUCAUGGUCCCAUGGACAUCAACCUGCAGGGUCCCGGAGUGGCUGCCCAGCACUGCUACAUCGAGAACAGGUCAGGGGUCAUCACGCUGCACCCCUGUGGGAACCUCUGUGCCAUCGACGGGCUCCAGGUCAUACAGCCCGUCCGCCUGUCGCAAGGCUGCAUGCUGUGUUUUGGCCAGUCGGCCUUCUUUCGCUUCAACCACCCUGAAGAAGCCCUCAGGAUGAAGAGCAUGGUGACUCAGGGAGGAGGUCUCUCCGCCGGGGACUUCAGACUAAGUCCAGCCUCAGGCACAGAGAGCUUCGUCAAUGGGAAUCACCAGGCCAGUCCAGUACAGUCUCCCCCAGCUACUGGAGAGAGGGCCCAGUCUGAGCACAGUGCAAUAGUAAGCUCUAUCGAGAAGGACCUCCAGGACAUCAUGGACUCUCUAGUCAUGGAUGAUCCACAGCCUUCUUCCUCGGAUGGCAAACAGCUUUCUGGAGGCCAACCCAUUCCCCAUUCCCCGCUGUCGCCAUUGCUCAACGGAGGUGGCAGGUAUCUACUGUCCCCUCCUACCAGCCCAGGGGCCAUGUCCGUUGGAUCCAGCUAUGAGAACACUUCCCCUCCCUUCUCUCCCCUCUCCUCCCCCUCUGCAGCCAGCAGUGGGAGCUUUACUACCCCAUCUCCUAUUGGAGGACCCCAGGACCAGAGUUCUUCUCUUCCGCCAGUGCCUGUACGCUCCUCUAGCUACAACUUCACCACCAAUCCCACCGCCGGCUGGGGUGCGCCUGUCCCCCAGCCACGGACUAUACUGCCUAACUUCAGCAGCGGUGGGGUGGGCCAGAAGGUUCAGGAAAGCCCCAGGCUACAGAGGAAGGUCUUAUCAGAGGCUCCUUCAAGCCCUAAGCCAAGCCGUAGAGGACUUGGCCCUGAUGGGUCUGAGAGCCCCCGACAGAUUAUGUUCUCCUCUAGUGAAUCUCUCAGUAGUAGAAACAUAGUGCCAAGUAGCCCAAGACUCACUACCAAAUUCUCCAACUGUCCAUCACAGUCUCCUUCCAGUCCCAGGACCAAGUCAACCACAGUGCUCCAAGAAAGGCCUGCCAGUCCUUUCAGAGAACAGACCAGUCUAUCUGAUUGUCCCCUAACCCCCAGCUCCUCCAGGCAGCUUUCCCAACCCACCAGAGCCUUCCAGCCUCCUCUGGACCCCAUCGUCCACAUCAUCCAAGGAUCACCGCUCCAGCAGCAUCCGCGUUCGCUGCAGCCCCCUGAAAGCCCUCGCAUGGCCAGGAGGAACAUGGAGCUGAACGGUGGUGGUGGAGGGAGCUGCAGUAUGAGGGAGCUGCCACCUCUUAGCCCCUCCAUGGCUCGAAGAGGGGUCCCGGUACUACCAGGGGCGCUCCCAGGGACGAUUCCAACCUUAAGAACUCCAGAAAGCCCCUCAAGUCUGGGCAAGCUCACCCCGGAGAGUCCGAGGCUCCGACGGAGAACUGGAUCUACGUCCGAGGAGCCAACGGGCAGCAGCAGGGGGAUCCGAGCCCGCAGUCCGUCGCCUACCUCUAUGAUGAUGGAGGGCGGCGGUGGUUCGGGAGUACGGAAGGCGAGCUUUGGCAAUUCCCUGUCACCUGCCUACAGUCUGGGCUCUCUCCCAGGAUCAUCCCCUGUAUCCAGCCCAAGGACCCAUAGGAAGAUGUCCGCUGGGAGACCCCACCCUGGGAUGAGGGAGAGGAAGAACAGCAUCACAGAGAUCAGCGACAACGAGGACGAGCUGCUGGAGUACCACCGCCGACAGAGGGAGGAGAGGCUACGAGAGCAGGAGAUGGAGAAACUGGAGAGACAGCGACUGGAGACCAUCCUGAACCUCUGCGCCGAGUACAACAAAGGAGAGAGCAGCGAGCUGGAUCCGCCGGGCCUGGGGAGGACGAGUUUCCCCGGGGCGCUGAUGGACUGCUCUGGGCGGAUGCUGUCCCAGGAGAACCUCCUCGGAGGGACGCCGUCCCCGGCCACGCUGCGCAUGCUGCAGAGACAGAGGGAGAGCGACGAGGAGAACCUGAAGGAGGAGUGCAGCAGCACAGAGAGCACGCAUCAGGAGGUGAGGACGUCUCCUGCUCUCAGCGCAGCACUGCACAAUGGGGACCGACAGCACGAGGACUCGUCGGGUUCGGGUCGUCUGGAGCUCGGUUACCUUGAAGAUGAGAGGGUUCGAGUUCUUUCUCGGAUCGAUGAGCUCAAAGGCCGGUUUACGGAGCUGGAGCAACAAGUCCAGGAGUCCAAACAAGAGGCGGAGAUGGAGCGGGCCCUGCUGCAGGGCGAGAGACAGGCGGAGCUCGACCAGAUGGAGGCCGAAACAGACGUCAUCACGCAGCUGCAGCGCAAGCUGGACGAGCUGGAGAGCGCCAUCCAGAGGGAGAAAGACAAGGAGAGGGCUAAUGUUGAGGCCGAGCGCCGGGCCCUGCAGAGCCUCCAGGAGGGCUACGCUGAGUUGGAGAACCAGCUUCAUAACUGUCCCGAGUCCCUGAGGGAACAGUUGCAGGAACAGCUAAAAAGGGACGGAGAUGCGUUGGAAACGGGAACCAAAAAGUUUGAGGACUUAGAGUUUCAGCAGCUGGAGAGAGAAAGCAGCCUGGAGGAGGAAAGAGAAACCAUGAGUCAGCAGCUGCUGCAGGAGAGAGCCGAGUACCAUCGCAGUGUGGCCAAGAGGAAGGAGAAGGUGUCAGCUCUGGAGAGCCAGGCCAACCAGCUCGGCCAGCAGGCGUCUCAGGAGUGCGAGCGGUUGGCCAAAGACCGGACCCUCACACUGCAAAUGCUCCAAAAGGAGAAGGAGAGGCUGUCCGCCCUGGAGAAGAGAUACAACAGCCUGACAGGAGGAAAGAGCUUCCCCAAGUCCUCCACUGCCAUGAGAGAGGUGUUCCGCUCUAAGCUGGACAGUGAUCCAGGUCUGUCUCUGCAUCAGCCCAAAUCCGGCUCUGCCUCCCCUCUGCAGCACGGAGCAGCAACACUGGGACGCAACUCCAGCUCCAAGAGCCCCCUGCUGGUGGCCAACAGCACCGGCAGUCUGCCCAGGAACCUGGCUGCCACACUGCAGGACAUCGAGACCAAGAGGCAGCUGGCUCUGCAGCAGAAAGAGCCCCUGACCUCCAGACAGAUCUCCAUAGAUGGAAGCUCAGCAGGUCAGCAGGUGAUCGAUGAGCAGCGGCGGCGCCUGGCGGAGCUCAAACAGCGCGCGGCGGUGGAGGCUCAGUGUCAGUGGGAGGCGCUGCACGGAUCUCAGUCCCACCUCAUGACUUCGUCCUCCUCGUCACCCUCAUACUCCCCCAUCAUGUCGUACAGCCUUGGCUCCGGAGGCGCCCCCCCUCUGGUUCACCACUCCAUCCUGCACCACCACCCCCCGUCAGCUGGGGAGCAGCCUUACGACACCCUGAGCCUGGAGAGCUCUGACAGCAUGGACACCAGCAUCUCCACCGGUAACAACUCGGCCUGCUCGCCAGACAACAUGUCCAGCUUCGGAGGAGUGGACACGCUGAAGAUCGAGGAAAUGGAGAAAAUGCUGAAGGAGGCGCAGCUGGAGAAAGCCAGACUUAUUGAAUCGCGGGAACGAGAGAGCCUGGCUCGCCGUCAGAUGCUGGAGGAGGAGAGGAGGAGGAGGGAGGAUGCGGAAAAGAGGCUGCAGGACGAGACGUUUCACCGGCAGCAGCUGGUGGACCGGGAGGUCAAGAUGAGGGCCAAGAACUUCUCUCAGGCCCGUCCUAUGACGCGCUACCUGCCCAUCCGGAAGGAGGAGUUCGACCUGCGCUCUCACGUGGAGGCGUCGGGCCACAGCGUGGAGACCUGCUACCACGUCAUCCUCACCGAGAAGAUGUGUAAGGGCUAUCUGGUGAAGAUGGGGGGAAAGAUCAAGUCCUGGAAGAAGCGCUGGUUCGUCUUCGACCGCCUCAAGAGGACCUUCUCCUACUAUGUCGACAAACAUGAGACCAAGCUGAAGGGUGUGAUCUACUUCCAGGCGAUAGAAGAGGUCUACUACGAUCACCUCCGCAGCGCCACUAAGAGCCCGAACCCCUCCCUGACCUUCUGCGUGAAGACCCACGACCGACUCUACUACAUGGUGGCCCCCGCUGCAGAGGCCAUGAGGAUCUGGAUGGACGUGAUCGUCACAGGAGCGGAGGGAUACACACAGUUCAUGAACUGAGAGACACACAGUGCGGACUGUUUCGGCAGGGACUCUUCCCCCCCCCCCCCCCCCCCCCCCACAGACACUUCCUGUUUCCGCUCUGGCGGACACAACGCCUUGUUUGUUACUUUUUAUUUCCGAAUCUCACUUUUAUUUUACUAUGUAGACAUUUUCACCUCCACAUUUUCUAUGUGAUUCAGCUCGGAUUGAAAAAGGGAGCCCUUGGAGGGGACACACAUAUCUGUAUAUAAACCAAAACUUGUCAAAGACUUUUAAAAAGCCUUUCUAUAUUGCCAAAUGGAGAUCUUUUAGUUACUGUUUGUCGAACUUUUUGUAUAAUUUGUUUUCAUUUCUUUCUUUGUUUUUUAUUUAGAGAAUAUUGCCAAAUGACGUCAUGCCAAUGUUUGAGUGUUCCAUCAUGACUACGUUUAGUAAAGACAGGGUUUAAAAUAAUCUACAUUCAAAGGGUUAAUCAAUUAUUAGAAAUAUAUCUGAAAGCAUUUUAUUGAGAAUGAAAUAUGAGAAAAAAAAGUCAGUCAACAGGAGCAGAUGAUUUUAGUCCACACUACAUGAAACAAUAUAUGUUCACCACUCACUUCACCUGAAUGCUGUUAACACUACAUCCGGUGCAGCAUCAUUAAGUGAUCCUGUGUUACAUCCCAUCAUUAUCAUCAUCACUGCCAGGCUAAAGCCAGACAGUGCAGUGCUACAGGACACCACAGGAUCAACAAUACGUACAAAUCCUGAACUGUGCCUUGACUUUGUGUUGCUGACAUCUACAAUCGCGUGAAUGCUGUAAAGGCCGUAUGUGGACACUUAGCAGUUAGCAUGCAUCUAGCAUCCUUACAGGCAGAUAUACCAGAGGCCCUGAGCACAGUGGGAAUCAGCCAAGCCCCUGGGAAGAGAGUCGGAUGUUAAAACAAAUUUUCCUAAUCUUCAGCCCUUUAUGUCAAUUGGCCCCAAAAAAUAUUUUCACAUUGACAUCGGGAAGAAAAUAAAGGUAAACCAACUGCCCAGUAUGAACACCUGGAUAGCCCUUAUUUAAAUCAUCAGGGCCUAAAAGUCUUAAAAUGCGCUAAAACGAAUUCAGCUUUAUUUCCCUAUCUAUUCAUUUGACUGAGACAAGACUGGCAGAUUGGAGGCGGGGCUUAACUCAAACGCUCGAUUGGUCCAAAACCCUGGAUAAAGUGGUCCCGCCUCCAAAGCUUUAUCCAGUUCUCUUUAUACAUCUAUGGCAGCAAGUUCACUGGCGUUAUUGGAACUCUGCUGGGGGAAUUCAAAGAUAAUGGAUGGCGGCCGCUGUUAGCAUUGUUUGCAACCGUUUUCAACCGUCAAGAAAAAAAAGAAAUUAUUUACAGUGCCAACCGACUCAAAGUUUGCCCUAUUUUUUUGUAACUUGUGAUUUGAUGCAAAAUCCCCUGGAAAUGUGGUUAUCAAUUAAUUGGACUAUUUUAAAUAUGUGUAAUUAGCAUUUUUGAUCGUAGUAGUUUGAGCUAACAAAACUCUGUUCACUCGACUUUUAUUGUAUUUCAAUGAAUUGGAACAGUGAUGAAGUCCCCUGCUUUGAAUCCUCACUGUGAGUGGAUGCUUGCAUGCAUAACGGCGGAUUAAAAAAAAUCUUCAGCUUUAACGGACUGUCGUCAAGUGUCGAUCAUCGCAUUGUGAGUCUAUAGACGGUUUGUAGAUCCAGAUUCCGGAUGCCGUUGUCUGUUUGGUAGAGGCAGACGACAAACUGUGAUUUUCAGAGCAUGUGGAACUUGCGUUUAGUUUCAUGUGUCGGUACAGUAACGAUAAUUUAUGGUUGUGGUGCCUGAGAUAGUUACGUUUACUAUUGAAAAAGAAGACUAGUGAAAAGACCUUAAUAUAUUCUGUCCCCCUUGCCUUUACUUCCCCCGCUACGGAAGCCAGAGUUACAAAGAGAAAAUAUCUGAUGAUCCAUUUCUUACAAAUGAUUUACUCUCCGGUGUUAAUGAUUUAAAAAAUAUCUGAAGAGUAGGUGGGGGGGAAAAAACAAACAAGAUAAAGAAAAAAUCUAAAGACGUUUAUUUUGCAUCUCUGGGCUUCCGUACACUGCACAGUUAACACGUGCAAACCAAACUAUUCAACACUGGCAAGGCUGUUAAAUCAUGUCUGUUGAUAGUAGCCGGGAUACAUUACUGUUGUAAUCUAUGUUGAGAAGAAAGGAAACUAAAUAUACUGUAAAGAAGAUGCCUGAAUGAAAAAAUAAUAUUACUAUUGAAAUGAAACGGUAUUGUAUGAAAAAGACAAUUUUUACUUAUUUUUGUCAUUUAAGACAUUUUAUUGUCGGUCAGUUACAUUGAAAAUUGUAUGGUAGUGAUGUACGAAUCUACCUUUUUUUAUUUACUGGUACACACAGUAUAACACACCUAGCACUCAUGAGACUGUACUUUUCUAGAAAAUAGUUUCUGACACACACACACACACACACACACACACACACACACACAUACCACACACACCACACCACACACACACACUACUCGGACCAUACUGUGUUAUUGGUACCCUGUAUGUCUCAUGCGUUAUUUUCACGUAUGAAUACAAUGGAUUUUGUUAAAUCUAUUAAAAACAGAACUGUUACACAA